AUGAGCGUCAUGAACAAAACUUCCUUCGGAGUCCUCUUGGACUAUGUUCGGGGUCCGUCAUUCCAGCGGGACUGGAAAGGUAGCUCGACGAUAGCCACUGAUCAGGAAGACCCAGUCGCAUUUGGCUUGGUAUUCCAAGCUCUCGAGGAUUAUGGCGACGUUGACAAACAUGUCGAACACAAGCCACUCCUCAUCUCCAUCCUCACGACAAUGCUCUCGGUUGAUGAAAUCACUUCCUUGCUGCCAUUUGCGCGCAACAAAUCAUCGCGAGAGUUUCUCAUGCGCAUGUACCUCAUGCAAUACAUCGAGCCCCCGGUCUAA